AUGUCCAAUCCUGUCGAUUCGGAACAUCGGCCUCAUACAAACUGGUUGGAAGUCUUAUCACGAGCUCUUGCUUCUGCUCCUGAUCCCAAUACUACGUAUCCAACUGAGCGAUGCAAGUUUCCUCCAACUAACUGGUGCGAUCCCACGAUCUAUCGAAGGACUGUAUAUCGCGAUGGCACCGCAGACCAAGCUCGCCUAUCUGGUAUAUCACAAGAGGAGUUCCUGAAUGUACGCCAAGGAUUGAAGAUUCCGGGUUAUCAACGAAUCAAGCUCGAUGACGAUGGAUCAGAGUCGGAGAUAUCUUAUAUUAUCCAAGAGAGAUCUCUGAUCACACCCAUAUCGAGUCUUCCACCAGAACAUGGACCAUCGAACCUUGAUAGGGCAGAAGGGAUGGUAAGAAUGGAUAGUGAAUAUUCAUGGGAUGGCCACUUCGCUUUACACACCCUUAAACCUAAUCAAUGUCAACAACUUGACUGUUUAGGUUGGACAGAGAAAGAUAUUGAAGAUCCAACUUCUGAACAUGACAGUUCGAAAACGAAAGGUAUCUUGGUGACAGAUGGAAUGUUCGGGUCGGGGUGGGCGAUGCCUUGGAAAUGUAAUAGGAUCAAAACACCUUCCAGAUUCACUAAUAAUGAUUUGAUCAAUAAUGCAAAUCAUUAUGACCAUUCGGGUCUGGACGAUUUGUCACAGGAGCUGAACAGUUAUGAUUUUCGAUCGACCUUAUACAUUUAUAGACCUUUAAGAAAACCUGAUUUACCGGUUAAACCAUUAACGAACAAGUACAAUGAUCGUAUUCAUACCUGGUUGGCACAUGAUCAAUCUUCAGGCUAUGGUCAGCCAAUAGACGUGAAUACGAAAGUUUCAUCAUGCGGAUCUCGACUUGAGUCGAGUCCUGACGAUCAGGAAGAUGAUGAUAUGACGAUCAAAAGUGAUCAUACAGUCACCCUUAGUACGAUAGAAGAGAAUCGACGAGCUGAACAUGAUAAACGACAGAGCAAAUAUAACAAACGGUUCUCAAGGGAUCAGGACGAAGAAAUGAGUGAAUUUAGUUCUUCUCAGACUCCAAGCUAUUCUAGUUCUUCGUACUUCGACCAGACUGAUGAGAACAAUGGAGCCAUCUAG